AUGCUGUCAGGCUUGGAUCUUAGUAACUCUGGACAUGAGCUGGUGAGUAACGUCGAUGAUAUGGGGCGCGUGUGUGUUGGACGGGAGCAGUUUCACGGCCUCGGGUCUAUGUACUGCAGAGGAGCAGCUGCUGUGAUCCUCACGUAUGAUGUGAACAGCCUCCAGAGCCUGACAGAGCUGGAAGAAAGAUUCCUGGCACUGACGGACAGUGCGAGUGCUGACUGCAUUUUUGCUAUUGUUGGAAAUAAAGUUGACCUCACCGAUGAGUGUGCUUUACCACCGGAUGAAAAUAGACCCGAGAAGCCUGUUGCCAGCUGUGGCUCGAAGGUGCGAAAACAAGUCCGCACAGAGGAUGCGAUUGCGCUCUAUAAAAAGAUACUGAAAUACAAAAUGCUAGACGAGAAGGAUGUUCCAGCGGCUGAGAAAAUGUGCUUUGAGACCAGCGCAAAAACAGGAUACAAGGUGGACUACCUCUUUGAAACUGUGUUUGAGAUGGUAGUCCCGAUAAUCGUACGGCAGAAAGCUGAGGGGCCGCCGCAGACUGUAGACAUUACUGACUACAAGCCAGCAAAAAGGACAAAAUCUGGUUGUUGUGCCUGAACCAUUUAUGUGACAUGAGAAAAGGGGAGGGAUUGUUUGCUCUGGCAAACUGAGGAGUAACAAGUGCUUGCAGUUCACCAGAAAGGAAAGGACAAAGAAUAAAUAGACUAAAAUGUUGUAUGUGGACAAAACCCCCAACCAACCAACCAACAAAUCUUCUGACCAUUAAAGGUAUUUGGGAAGCUCUGUGGAUGAAAAUGGGAAUGUGAGUGAAAUGAUGGAGGAAGACUUGCCCGUUUCCAUGGGCUCUGAAGACAAAUGGUGUGUUAGUACAAUUGAUGGCGACAAUCAUUUGGACGGUUUUGGAGGAGUCUGAUUACUUUUUUUAAUGAUUCGCUGUUUCAUGUUGCAUGUAAAUGAUCUGUUUGUGUACUCUUGACAGCUUUCACAUGAUUAUCAUCUUUCCCCUUGCGACUCUAACUUUGGAAGAUUGAAUACACGGUACUUUUUUAUUCCUAAGAAAAAAAAAAAGAAAAUCCAGCUCCUCCUUAGUUGAGCCCAGGCAAAGCUGCAGCUUUGAUUUUUAGCAGCUAUGCAUGACAUUAACCAUCUACCUGGAGGGAAAUGAGGACUGGCAUUUUCUGAUGUGAAACUGGCUAAUGCAGGAGGAAGG